GAUUAUAUUCCUCAGUUAGUUCUUUUCCUUGCGGUGAUUUGAAGCAAAGUCAAUUAAUUCUUCUACAAAGUUUUUAAUUCCUAUGUUAUAUAAGAGCUUCAGUGUCAUGACCAGAACCGCUGCAAGUAAAUCUUAAUUAUUAUUUCCUUUUCAAAGAGCCAAUUCUUCUCUUCUUAUCUUACCUACGAGACAUGGCAAACCAACCCUUUUCUCUAUCAAGAACAAUUAUUUCACAACUACAAAUGAUUGAUGUUGAGGAGAAGAUCAUCAUAGAACAAGUUAAGGAUACACAUAAUUCUAAUGGUGGCAUAGAUGUUGAUGCAGAUUGUCUUCUCAAGUUUGUAGAGGACAUUUUCAAUUUAAAUACGGUUCCUCGAGAAGCAAUGCAAGACAGGUUACAGUUACAAGAACACAUCCAGAAAGAGAUUUCAUUUGUUGUUUUACGACUCUCUUCCGUGGUAGCCUUCACUUGUGUAAGCUAUGAUGAUAGUCACUCAAGUGCGAUUUAUCUACUAAGUUUGUUGUCAAAGUAUAUGUGGCAUGCUAAGGGAGUAAUGUUACUCGCAUGUUUUGCGAUCAUCGGAGGAAAAUCUAUAAUUGCCUCACAAUCAUGUCAUCGGAAAGGACUAUCCUAUAACAUGGUUGCUCUAAGAAAUAGUCUAAACUCAAUGCUAUCCCUUCACAAUGAAUUUUUUUUUAAUGACUCAAUAAGAUCCAUGUUUAAUCUCACCAAGCUUAUGGUUGAGCUUCGACAUUCAUCAUCAAUGUUUUUGGCGAACUACUGGAUCGCAAGAAGUGUUGUUGCCUACGCUCACCUCCUUAUUUUGGGCAUCAAGCCACAAAAUCAGAUAAUUACGGAACUUUCCAAUGUAUCCACCAAAAUCAAAGAGAUUCUGGCUUCCAGCCUCCCACUACUAGAGGCAAAAAGAGCGGAAGAAAAGUAUCAAGCGUUGUUAUAUGCUUUUGGGAACUCUUCAAAUAUUUUGGAGGUUCUUAAAUUAAUAUUCAAAGUUAAGAAUAAUGAAGAGAAACCAAUUAGCUGUGGGGAGCGGACAUAUUUACGGCAUUCAAUGGGAUUAGAUCAGUUUGAAGGGGAGGAAGUGCUAUUGCUAAUAUCAUCCGGCAAACACUACCCCUAUUAUGCAUAUCAAGCAGAUAUAGGAGUAUGGAAGAUUUGGGUUCCAAUUAUAAAUGAUGGAGAGGAGCAUAUACAAAUACCUAAUGAUCCCUUUCGCUGCUAUCUUGUAUUGGAUCCACAAAAAUGGAUUGCACCAGAAUUUGUGAGAUUUCUUAAAGACAAGUGCUUCCCAACUUUUCAAGUUGGGAGUGAUCCUAUUGCCAUUUCAUUAGACAAACGAGGAAGAUUGGUCCAUUGUAAUGCAUUGCACAUGAUAUUUAUGUGGGGAAAUCAACUAUCUGAAAUGGGAGUACUGAGAUUAGGUGAUGUGGUUCCUUCCUUAGAAAAUGAGUUGAGGGAAAGGAUUUCUGGUGCUGACCGUGCGAUUGGUGAUAUUGACAAGCAAAUACAUGAUUUUGCGGACGAGGUCCGCAAAAAGAUCAAUGAUUGGGUGGACGACAUUAAUGUGAAGACAAAAAAUUCGUUUCGUUCCUAUAAUUGCACGCGUGAGAGAGAAGAAGCGCUAUGGGAUAAAGAAUCUUGGAAUCUUAAGCUUGUAGUAGGAAAGACUGACUCCUGGCAUUCAAACAGAGGCUAAACGAGUGGAUUGAUGCUGAAAAUUACAUUUGUUUAUGCGGAGGCAAUAACAUUAAACAAGUUCAAGAACUUACGCUUAAGGUACAAGAAGUUGGUUCCAAAUUUCAAAUGAAUAUAAAAAUUGCAUAUGUUGGAAGAAGAAAAAUGAUUGAAGAGGUGAUGAGAGAGUGUCAUUUUGUAUUUUGUCAUUAUUCAUUGAAGUUCUUUAGGGCACGACUUUAUAGCAUGGCCUCAUCUAGGAUUCAAUAUUUAAGUAAUGCUGGACUUGAUGAAAGGAGUGAUGAAAUUUUGAAAGGACUCAAAAAAUUAUCAGCAUAUGUAGAUGAAGGUACGACAACUGGAGCAUGGGCUUUGUUAGGCAAAGGGGAAACAAUAAUUGCAUGUGACCUGGGAGAUAAAAUGUUAGGAGUCUUGAAUGAGUACGAGAAAUGGGAGCACAAUGCACGUGUCAAUGGUUUUGAGCAUACAUUCAAGAGUUACUAUGAGAUGCUUAACAGUUCUUCUUCUUCUUCUUUCAAUCAACACUGUUAUUGUGCUCUCAAUUACUCAUCUAAUUUGGACAAAAUCCCAGAAAUUAUGUCCUGCCCUCAAUGUAACCACAACAUGCAUAAAUUUGUCACUUUUUCCUGUUGUCAUGGCCCAACCAGUUAUAUAUAUUAUAGACAGGAUGAAGACUCAGCUUAGAAGACAACUAGAUCGAAUUUGUGUUCCAGGCCACUUGCACGUACACCUUAUAAUAUGGUGGCUGUUAGAGUUCUUGUGGUAGUCUACAUGCAUGCAUUAUGUUUAUACUUCUUGUACGUUCUUGGUUGUAAUAUUCGUUGAAUAUACAUACAAAUUUUUAAUUGUUCACA